CGCCUGCAUCAUACCCAAGAGCCGAGGAGGGGCAAGGGCUCUGGAGGAGUGGCUGCCGCCUGCCUGCACUCCGUCGCUCCCGGGAGCCUCGUCCUCACCCCCAGCUCAGCUCCCCCUCCCUCAGCUCCUGGGCCCAGUCGGGCGGAUGCGCCGCUCCGCUCGCGACCAGGCAGAACGCAGAGGAGCUCCGGAGCGGCGGCAUGGAGGAGGAGCUGGCGUGGGAGACCCAGGGCCUGCUUCCUCUGGAGAGGCAGCUCCACGAGGGCCGCCGGAACCACGUUGGGAGGAUGAAGGAGCUGAUCGGGAGGAGAGUACACAUCAGGGCCAGAAAUCACGUGGGCAGGGUGGCCCAGCACCAGGCCGCGGGCGCAGGGCACGAGCAGGCUGUGCGUCUGCUCCUGGAACACGAGGCUGCUGUGGAUGAUGAGGAUGCGGUACGGGUCCCCUCACGCAGGCAUGUCUGUUUUGGGAUGAAUGCACUUCUCCUGUCUGCCUGGUUCAGCCACUUAUGGAUCCUCCAGAUCCUGGUCAACUCCGGGGCCAAGAUCCACUGUAAGAACAAGGACGGCCUGACCUUACUGCACUGCGCAGCCCAAAAAGGCCAUGUGCCAGUGCUGGCGUUCAUAACGGGGGACAUGGAGGACGUGGCCCUGGACCAUGCUGACAAGCUGGGAAGGACAGCGUUUCAUCGGGCUGCAGAGCACGGGCAGCUGGGUUCUCUGGAUUUCCUUGUGGGCUCUGGCUGUGACCACAGUGUCAAAGACAAGGAGGGGAACACAGCCCUUCACCCGGCCACCCGCUGGGGCCACCUGGCUGUGCUGCAGCGACUCCUGGACGUCAGGCUGGACCUGGAGGAGCGGAAUGCGGAAGGUCUGACUGCCCUGCACGCAGCUGCUGAAGGGAUCCACCCCGACUGUGUGUAGCUCCUCCUCAGGGCCGGGAGUAGCGCGAGCGCCCUCUCCCAGAAAAAACAGAGCUGCUUCCACUACACAGCCCUCAGUGGCUCUGAGGACAUGGCCUGGGCCCUCGACCAUGCAGGAGGCAGCACUGACGUGGCUGAUCAUCAGGGCGCCUCUCCUGCGCACAUCACCGUGAGGCACAACUUCCCCGUCCUGGUGCAGCUCUUCAUCGACAUCGGCAGUGACCUGGACGCCGCUGACAAUGCAGCAGACACCCCUCACCUUGCGUCCGAGCAUGCCUGGCAGGACAUAGCGGAUAUUCUCCUCAUUGCUGGGGUUAACUUAAACCUGAGAGAUAAGCAAGGAAAAACCGCCUUGCCAGUGGCCGCCCACAUCAACCAUGUCAGCCUGGUGGACAUGAUCAUAAAAGCCGAUCGCUUCUACAGAUGGGAGAAGGACCAGCUCUCAUGCAGGGACCUCUGUGACCCCUCUGGGAAGAGCUUGACCUUUAAGCAGGACCAUCGGCAGGAAACGCAGCAGCUCCGCUCUGUGCUGUGGUGACUGGCCUCCAGGUACCUGCGGCCCCACAAGUGGAAGAAGCUGGCGUAUUGCUGGGAGUUCACCGAGGCCCACGUCCACGCCAUCGAGCAACAGUGCACAGGCACCAAGAGCUACCGGGAGCACGGGCACUUCACAGCCAGUGAGAACCCCAGCAGAGUGCUAUUCAAAGACCUCGUCGCCAUUGGCAGGAGGGACCUGGCUGGGCAGCGCCGGGCGCAGAGUCAGAGUUGCAUAGCCCCGCUGGACUGCAGCAGGGCCCUCCAAGGCUGCUCAGACCACAGCGCUGUGGCGCUGGCUCUGAACCUUCCAGAUUGA